CGGGGCGGCCGCCGAGGGCCAUAAAGGGCGGCCGCGGACAGCAGCGGGGCUGGCGCGGUUGCUCGGGGUGAGCGGCGGGGCUGAGUUUCUUUGGAGAAGAGAAGCCCUAAGAUGGCAGGCAAAGGAAGCAGCAGAGCAGACUCCAUGUCCUGCAGUGUGCUGAACUGGGAGCAGGUCAGCCGUCUGCAUGAGGUUCUUACAGAGGUGGUUCCGAUCCACGGGCGGGGGAACUUCCCGACGCUGAAGAUAACUCUGAAGGACAUCGUUCAGACGGUCCGGAGCCGGCUGAGUGAGGCGGGCAUUGUGGUCCACGAUGUCCGUCUGAAUGGUUCUGCAGCCGGUCACGUCCUGGUCAAGGAUAAUGGGCUGGGAUGCAAAGACCUGGAUCUCAUUUUCCAAGUUUCUCUGCUCAGUGAGGCAGAGUUUCAGUUAGUUCGAGAUGUGGUCCUGCGAUCCCUCUUGAAUUUCCUUCCGGAAGGAGUAAGCAAGCUGAAAAUCAGUCCCGUAACUCUGAAGGAAGCCUACAUUCAGAAGCUGGUCAAAGUAUACACGGAGACUGACCGCUGGAGCUUGAUCUCGCUUUCCAACAAGCAUGGCAAAAACGUGGAGCUUAAGUUUGUAGACUGCAUACGACGGCAGUUUGAGUUCAGUGUGGACUCGUUCCAGAUCAUUCUGGACUCCCUGCUCUUUUACUAUGACUACUCAAAAACCCCCAUGUCGGAGCACUUCCAUCCAACUGUGAUUGGAGAGAGCAUGUAUGGAGACUUUGAAGCAGCUCUUGAUCACCUCCAGAACAAGCUGAUAGCUACCAAAAAUCCUGAAGAGAUCCGAGGUGGUGGGCUACUGAAAUACAGUAACCUCUUAGUACGAGACUUCAGGCCCAUGGAUAAGGACGAGAUCAAAACUUUGGAGCGCUACAUGUGCUCCCGAUUCUUCAUAGACUUCCCGGACAUCCUGGAUCAGCAGCGCAAGCUGGAGACCUACCUCCAGAACCACUUCUCCAAAGAAGAGAGGAGCAAGUACGACUACCUCAUGAUUCUGCGCAGGGUGGUGAACGAGAGCACCGUCUGCCUCAUGGGACAUGAGCGAAGGCAGACCCUCAAUCUGAUUUCUCUGCUGGCACUCAAGGUGCUGGCAGAACAGAACGUCAUCCCUAAUGCCACCAAUGUGACCUGUUACUACCAGCCAGCACCUUACGUCAGUGACGCAAAUUUCAGCAACUACUACCUUGCAAGUGCCCCUGUGCUGUACAGCCAGUCCUACCCCACUUGGUUGCCUUGCAACUGAUCGCUUCCCUCGAGUGCUCCAGGGAGGAAAGCCACCAGGCUGAGUGUAAAUACAGACAAGUAAUGACUGUCAGUUGGAUGUUCUCUAAUGGAAACGUGACUGUAUCAGACUGUCCAUUUCCUGGUGUGCAGUGGGAUUAUGCAGCCAGGUGACCUGCUAUGAACCCUUUAGUGUAUCUCUAAAAUGCCAAAAAGCCUUAUUACCUCUUCAUUGGGAGAAGAGAACCAGCAGCCAGAUGUUAAGAGGACCAGUUAAGGAACUUUGUACUAGCUCUGGAAGUGGCUGUUAGCAUGUGAUCUAAGUGCAGUAUUCAGUAAAUUGGGUUGGUUAAUUGACUGUAAAAUGCCUUAAGCAGAAGCUGCUCCUGGAGUAGCAGCAAAACUCUGCUUUCUAUUCCCUAACCUCAUUACUCUUCCUCAGACCAAGUUCUGGCCAAAUUUCUCUUGAACUAAUUAUGCCAAGACUGGGCUCAUGUUAUGCUUGGGUCACUUUGACUUUGUGUCUGUGUAGAGCUGGUAACAGUAUGGAUACUGUCUAUCUUGUAGAGGACAUAAAUGUUGUUUCCUGUAGUGCCUAUGGAUAUGUGGUCCUGCUUUGAGAUCAAGAUUAAUUUCUUGGAAGCUGAAGAUAGUGAGUCUAUUCAUAAAGCAUAAGCUGGUUAAAUUUUUCUUGACUACAAAAACUUGGAAGGUGGCAUUUCUAAAAAUACACCAAAACACAGUCUAAAACUUGGUAAUGUGAAAAGCCCUUGAAAUGAGGAAUCGAAGCUUUAAAUAGAAUUGGAGCCACAGAUUGAACACUUAACUUGGAAAAAUAUUCUUGAGUCCAGCAUCGAGCUAAAGCCUUUCUGACUGUCUUUCAAAACAAUUUUGGCACAGUUGGGAAGUAGCACAUCUCUUACUUUGGGGUUUGACCAGAUUUUCUUCCUCACAGGUCCACAGCAAAACCAACAAAAACCCUCAACAAAAAUCCCAAGCCAUUGCAAAUUGCAGGAUUAUGUGCACUUUCUGUACAACUCCUGAAAGUGCCUCCUAAAAUGAAUUUCUUAUUGUACAACUUCAGGCAGGUCCUGAGGUUUGCCUUUCUGUCACCACUGAAGGGUUGAGCUUGCUGGGUAAUUGUUAUCACCUGGUCACUGCAUGAGAUCACAUUUUGAGUGGUUAGAGUGAAAUUCUUCCUUUUUACAGCUCUUAACCCUCACUUGAAGAGGUGUACAAGCCCUAAGCAGGGCUCUCCACAAAAGCUGUAUGUGUUAAAAGCCUGGGCCUGAGUUCAGAAUAGUCUCUGUGGAAGAGUAUGCACUCCCCUGGAGGUACAGGGGGCUGAUCUUCCUGAAUGGUGAGUGCUGAACUUGCUGCUUUGAGACUCCUGGGCUUUAUAAGGAAGGUUAGAAAUUCCUCAUUUAUUUAUAUAGUGGUGUUAUUAACCAGAUGAUUUUCACUGAAUUAAAAUAGUAAAAUACAUAUAGCAAUGAUCUUGGGUUCCUUUUGUUUAACCAGAGAUGUAGACUAGAAAGGCAAAUCUUAGAGCUAUUUAUUAUGUGCUGGUGCAAUGUUCAAGAAUGCUUGUUCACUGAAUCUUUUUUAUUACUUCUAUAACUAUUUAUUACUGUUUCUGCAAACUUGUAAGACCAAAGUGCCUGAUCCAACAAAUGAUUAAGGCUUAGAAGGCAAAGCAGAAAGCAGGUGGAACACCAAUGUUUGGUUGUUAUUCAAGGUGGAAAACAGCAGUAGUGCUGUGCUGAAAUGACAGUAAAAAUUGCCUGCUCCUGAUAAGACCAACAAGUUCUUUCCAGUUUUCAUAACUGCUUCAUAAAGACAUUCUCAACAGAGCAGUGAGGCUACUUCUCUGUUCAGACUUCAUUUAGCUUAGAAAGGCAGGGAGAGAUGCAAUCUACAAAGUGGACUGUAUGUAGCCAAGCAGGCUUUAGCUUAAUUUCCUGAACAGUUUUGACAGUAACUUCGGUAGCAAAAAGACAAAUAAUUUGGUGGAUUAUAUUGUGGGGUUUUUUCAUUAAAGGCUUCCUGAUUAGUCAGCCAAAGGAGCUAAACUUGAAAGCAAACCUGGCCUUUUUCAUUAACUGUGGUUUGGACUUGGUGCGGUUUACAGACAAGACAUCUGUCAUCCAAAACUUUGACUUUUUAAAGACUAAUGUGAUGCCAGUGUUGUCGUGUGUGUUAAACUUAGUGCAAGCUCACUGCAGGAAUGCAGUCCUAGGCAAGAAUAACUCCUGCAUGCAAAGCAAUGCUUGGCCUAGUAUAGAGUGUCACUAGAAAGAAGACAUGAGAGUUUGUAAUUGCUGUCAUCUCUUGCAUAGAUGUGUUUGAAGCCAACCCAUGCUAUAUGCAUUGCAGAAGUGAGCCAUCGCCUAGAGAGGCUUAGACUCGGGUAUCUGUGAUGUCAUGGCUGAUCUUUAGGAACUGUUUUUGUGCAUUGACUCACGUGGAAGAACAGGGGAGAUGCUUGAGAGGAGUCCUCGCAAGCUGGAAACACAGACCUGUUACUAGUCUUUAAUGCCUUGGCUGCUGAACAUCAGGCCAGGUGCAUCUCCUGGAAAAGGAAAUGCUAGAGAUGGAAAAAAGGCUGAGUUGGAUUCCUAGUGAGAUAGAGCUGUAGAGAAGUUAGGUUUCCUGCCAUAAGUAACUUGAUGCUGAGGCCUCUGAGGAAGCUGCACAUUGAAUUGCUGCUCUGUGAACAGCUGAGUGCCUGGGUCUGAGCUUUGCAGGAUUCUUGUGUUCCCUGUCUGGUUAAGAUGCUCUGGCACGUGGGAAAUACUGAUGCUUUGUAACCUGGCUGGUAGAUACUGAACUCUCGAAUGGUUAAAUUGUAUCCUGAAGCUGCACACCGCCUGCUGCAUCAACCCUGGAGUACCAGGGAUUGCUGGGGCUUUGCUUGUCCCAUUGCCUUUGAAAUAACCCUGGCUUGGCAAGUAAAGCUGGUGUACUUGGUAGCUUUUUAUCACUGUGCUGCAAGCUUUUCUCUUCUGGGUUGUUCUGGCAGCUUGAUGGUGCGGGUGGCAGUGGCUUAAAUUGCUGUGGGUUAGCUGGUUUGGGUUCAGGUUUGUGGUGACCCCUAUAACAAGGGAUAAUUUGAGAAGGAGCACUAGGUAAAAGUGAUGACCCUAGGCCAAGUCUAGGAUGCCUGCCUGAUCCAGUCACCCCUCGGCUCUAAUAAUGCCUCUGCAAACCUGUUCUAACCUCUUGCGCCUCAUGUGGAGGUUAGAGAGAGACUACUGUACUUCAGACUCUUACCUGACACAUUCCCUCUGGGCAGCGGCGUUAAAACAAAGCUGCAGUAACACUCAGUGCAUCAUUCCUCAGGAUCUAGCUUCUACUAACUGGCUGUGGUGUAAAAUAACUGUGUUCUUCAUGUGGCUUGUAGUCACUGCUGGACAAAGCCGGUCUGAGGUUAAGCACCUACUGACAAUAUUUACUGCCAAGUUCCCCUAGACUUGCAGUUUAUUGUUGUGACUUCCUCACUGUAAGAUGGACUUCUAAAUUUGAUAGAGAUGCUACCAAGGAGACCUGAUAGAAGACUGUUUUAGUCACUUUGGUAAAACCCCUGUGUGGAUCCAUGGUCAUUGUGAUAAGUUGUGAGCUAAAGCAUAGUUCGUGCUUACUCUGCUCAAGAUUUGAUUAUUGCUGUGUUUGUCCUCAGCUCAGUCAGUCAAUCACCAAGCUGGGGCUUUAAGACUACUGCUUGCUCCUGAGCAACCAUUUUUCAAAAGAUCCUCAUUCACAUUAAUCACCUCCUUUACAAAGCAGUAGGUAGUGUUGAAAUCUAGUCCAAAUACCUAAAGCUUUUUAUUGAAACUUAAAGAUCCAUAUUUUGGACUUGAAUUCUGGGGUUAAGCAUUUGGUAUGUGCCUAGGCUUUGUGGAUUCCUGAUUCCUAGAAUAACCACUGAUGUUGGUAGUGAUCUCUGCUUGUCACUAUAUGAGUAGUUGGGAAAAAGGCCUCUUAGAAGAGAACCUGGACAAAUUGCCUCAUUUCUAAACUGUCAGUGUACUGAUGGUACUUGUUUCCUAGUCCUCUCACUCAGCUGUCAGGAUUCUGUAACUGUUAGGCACAGGAAUAAGAAGUAAGCUGACCACAGCCACCAGCAGCUUGGUCUGAUUUGGGCAUUGGGAGAGCCAAAUGAAUAAUAGAACUUCUAGCCCUCACAUCAAAGUCUUACUCAAUUGUUUCUUGAGUACAGUUAAGUGUAUUUCAUAAAUGUUCUUUAUUUUCAGAGAAGCUAGAUACAGUGGGAUGUUGGUCUGUAGUAGAGACUUUGGGGGGGAAUAGUUGAAGCACUCUGGUUGAUCUCACUUAAAUGUCUGGAUUGGGCUUGUCUCUCUGAAUAAAACUGCACUUCCCAUUGAAAUUUAGAUGGCCUUUUUUCCUAUGUUUCUUAUAAUUUUUUACUAUUAUAAGAAGUCAUCUCUUGGAAAACCUGUCUCUCAUCUCUUUGGAAGAAGUGAGUUGUUGGUGUUUGUUUUUUAUUGUUGGGUUUGUUUUUGUUUUCUUUCUUUCUCUCUCCUUUCCCUCUCUCCUCUUUCUUUUAGCUGGCAAAACAGGGAACUAGAAAUAUUUGGAUUUGUGAUGAGCCCAAGUGUGAGAUUGGUCACAGUAAAUUUGUCUACUGUUCUGCACGGUGGUAUUCACUUGUCAUCCUUGGAAAUUGGGGUUUGGACCUUAAUGAUGCUGAAAUUCUUGUGCAAAUAAACUUAUGCUAAACAA